AUGGAGUCGCAAUACAAGUUUUUUAUGUAUUUUCCUGUCGCCCAAAUAUCGAGUUUAUCAGACGCAGCAAACUACACAACGCUUCCUCAGCGAAAGAACGUCUACCUCUGGGAGACUCUCCAGUUUCUGCUGGUGUUGCGGUCUCGGGGCUUAACGGACAGGGACGAUGGUGCUCUGUCUUGGAAGGACCUGGGGGGUUCUUUGUGCGCUCUGGCGAGCGUGUGCGCCGCGGAGAGCUGGCGGCUGACACCGGCUGAGCAGUGUGACCGCAUGAGCAGCUGCAGUGAAGACAGCGAGGAUGUAGAGUCCGAGGAUGUAGAGUGUAGGACCGCAGAACAGAGCGGAAGAAGACUGGGGGACAAGCAGACCUUCACACAGUGUAACCAACUUGUCAGUCAUAAAUGCUCACCCAGUAGUGCAGCGAUGCACAACGACACAGAACAAGCCAAGUCUGCUUGGGUGUUGGAAGACCAGCUUAUCUUCUGUCUCACUGUCUCUUUGGACAAGCUGCCAGUCAGUACACGUAAAGCCAAGAUUGUAGUCACUGUGUGGAAGCAGAUGGAGGAAAAUGCAGAAUUAAGGGAGCUUGGCUACCUGACUCUGCUGCAGUUUAGGAGUCCAACCUGCACCUUCAGACAAGAUCUUAGCACCUUCAAGACACAAGUCAGCACUACUCUGGAUGUUCUCCCACCUCCCAGUGUCCAGUGUAGACAGAUGACUGUUUCUGGAAAACAUCUGACCGUCCUCAAGGUGAUGAACUGCAGCUCACAGGACAGAAUGUGUGUCAAAGAUGUGAAGAUCCUUCCAAACUAUAACUCGUCUUACCUUCCCAUGAUGCCUGAUGGCUCAGUUCUCGUAGUCGACGACGUCUGCCACCAGUCAGCGGAGAUCACCAUGGCUUCAUUCUGUCGGAUAGACAACAAAUCAUCACAUCUACCUUGUAUGCUCAGUGCCCUGGAGGAGCAGACCUUCAUUUUUCAGCUGCAGCUACAAGAGAAAGAAGAACAGCAAUCCAGCAAGUUUUCCUCCUACGGCCACAUCCAGGGAGGUUGGCUACAGUCCCAUGGAUCUUAA